AGUCUUCAACUUCAUGGUUUUGCUCCCUCUCGCUCUCUCUCCCUCUCCCCCUCUCCCCCUGUGCAUGUCUUUGUACUCUUCAGGACUCCCAUGGCCAAACCAAAGGCUCCGAGACGAACACUUGAGUCUUACACGGUCAAACACAUCAACAAAACCAUCCGAGGCGGGGACUGCGUCCUCAUGCGGCCGUCGGAUCCUUCGAAGCCGUCCUGCGUGGCGAAGAUCGAGCGGAUCGAAGCGGACGGCCGUGGGACCAACGUGAAGGUCCACGUCAGAUGGUACUACAGGCCCGAGGAGUCCAUCGGCGGCCGACGUCAAUUCCAUGGCUCCAAGGAGGUUUUCCUAUCUGAUCACUACGACGCACAGAGCGCCGAUACCAUUGAGGCCAAGUGUACGGUCCACUCCUUCAAGAGCUACACCAAGCUCGAUGCCGUCGGGAACGACGACUUCUUCUGUCGUUUCGAGUACAAUUCCUCCACCGGAGCUUUCAAUCCCGACAGAGUCGCCGUGUAUGUAAGCGAAUAAUUCGGGUUUUCCCCCUUUUUUUAAAAGUUUAUUGUUAUUGUUUGAGUUACUUUUGAAAAAGGAGGGUAGGAGACUCUUUUUAUCAUUAUCUUUUGUUUUAUUUUUUAAAGGUUUCCUAUCUUCGCCUCAGUAAUUCAUGAUUCCACUUAGACAUACGUACGUGUGUAUGAAUUUUUGCUGAAAAUGUAUGGGAUCGUAAUGCCAAAUCCCAGUAGCUUUCUAUGGAAAGGUUUCCAAGUUAAUGCAACGGAUGAAAGAUUUACUUGUUAAA